AUGAGCACAACACCCCCGGCGGCCCCCGGCGGUCACACCCACUACACAGUCCUCGGCCUCACCCGCAAGCUCCUCCAGGACCAGGCCCCCGAACAGGCGCAGCAGGUCAUCAAGAGGGCCUACCACCGGGCCCUCCUCCAGAACCACCCGGACAAGUACCCACAGCUCAAGAGCCAAGGGUCGUCGUCAACAUCAAACCCGACGAGAUCAACAACAAAAUCAGAAACCUUCACGGUCGACCAGAUCUCCUCGGCGUACAAGGUCCUCGCCGACCCCAGGUCCAAGGCCGAGUACGACCGGUCGCUCGACCUCGCCCCGAACAACCAAGGUCUCAAGCGCGAGCAGGCCUUCCAGACGGGCAUCGAGAACGUGGAUCUCGACGAUCUGGAAUUCGACGAAGGGGCCGAGUGCUGGUAUCGUAACUGCAGGUGCGGCAACCCUCGGGGUUUUCUGUUUACGGAGACCGAUUUGGAGGAAGCGGGAGAGAACGGGGAAUUGCUGGUCGGCUGUCAGGACUGCAGCUUAUGGAUGAAGGUUCAUUUUGCAGUAGUAGAUGACUAA